AUGACAGGUCUCAAUCCCGCCAAGGAUACGAUCAUGUCCAUAUCGUGUAUAAUCACUACGGCCGACCUCCAUCCGCUGGACCCCGAAGGCUUCGACGCGGUGAUAUUCCACACGCCGGAACAACUCUCCAAGAUGUCAGAGUGGUGUGUCAAGACGCAUGGCGAGUCCGGCCUUACGCAGGAAUGCCUUACUUCAUCGAUCGGCGCUGAAACCGCUGCCAACCGGCUCCUCGCAUACAUCAAACAUUACGUCCCCGAACCCGGCCGGGCUCUUCUGGCGGGGAACAGUAUCCACGCCGACCGGGCCUUUCUGGCGGUCCCGCCCUGGAACGUCAUUCUGGAGCAUCUCCAUUAUCGUCUAUUUGAUGUCUCGGCGAUGAAGGAGAUGGUACGACGCUGGGCGAGUGAGUCCGUGUUGAUGGCAGCUCCGCGGAAAGAACUCAGACAUACCGCUAGAGCUGAUGUAUUGGAGAGCAUCCAGGAGGCGCAGUAUUAUAAGUAUUUGAUUGAGCGAAUGGGUCUAGGUAUUCUCGGUGAGUUCCAAGCAGUCCCCUUGUAA